AUGCCGUUAAUGCAUCAACUCUACAUGACACAUCGCCAAACCCCCAAACCCAAAAACAUAUUAGACAGAGGAACAUAUAAACUCAGAAGAUGGGGGAGACGAGAGAGGGUUCGAAGAAGAUACUUGGGCAAAACCAAGAAGAGAGGGUUAACCCAGAAGGCUUUGGCUUUGGCUUCUAAUCAAAGUGAACCCAGAAGGUUUCAUCAAAAGAGAGAAGUUUGGAGGGAGCUCAAUCUCAUCUCUCUGAAUCGUCUCAUCGAAGAAGGGUUACCUGAUUCUUUCUUUUUAUGGUUUUUGCUGAAAAGAAAAUUCAGAUCAGUUGCAUAUCAUCAGGAGACUCUGGAAAAUCUGAAGGCUGCUAUCAAGAGUACAAAGAAGGGAAUAAUGGCACAGGCAAAAACUCAACGAAACAGAAAGAUAGGGGCAGUAGGCCUUACGACAAUAGAGGUUCAUAUAAUUGGCCUGACCAUCUUGACAAGUUUUUUGGCUGGCAGCCAAGGUCAUUUGGAUUUUCUGGUACAAAAGAUAAGUGAUCUGUAUCGACUCAAAGGAAAAUGUGCAGAGUAUAUUGAAAAAUAGGUAAAGUAACAAUUGGUUCAAGGAACAGCGACACCAAACUGAAUGCUACAUCUCAUGGUAAAAUUGCAUGGUUUAAUUCUUGGUAUUUACAAAGUGGAAGCAUUGUAACUAUUCCUUUCUAGGCAUGUUUUCAGAGAAGCUAAACAUCCAAAUCAUACUCAACAUCAACUCAUCUGCCACAAAUUUCUUUUCGUUCUGUUGGUAAAAUUUGUCUUUUCAAGGUGCUGCAUAGAUAUGAUUUUGUUGUAAAGAGUUGUGAUGAUAGUUACCAGUCAAAGGUCGUAAAAGGAUGAGUUACACUAGCAUAGGUAGGAGGGACAGAGAUUUGAGAAGGUAGCAAAAGUGCUUUAGCUAGUUGGUUGGAGCAAAUGAUCAUCAGAAUUCUGAAUAUGCAAGAUGGGUUUUUUUGACCUAUCAUUGGGAAGUGCUUUAUUGACUUUUUCAGGAAGUGAAGAAAUUUAGCUGGGUACUCAGUUAAAUUGAUUUGAAGAUAAACUACAGUAUUUCAUUUGUGUGCAUGUUUAAAGUUGCUGACUUUGGGUAUACUAUUUUGUGCUAAAAUAACGGGUAACUGUUUUCAAGCAGCGUGCAAGUAGAUUAGCUGCUCUUAAUGAAAGGUUGAUUGGUAUCAAAGUUGGUGACUUUUGCCAUGUCAAAGAAGGACUUCUUCUCGGGUAGCUCUAUGGAAAUCGAUUUACAGUUACAUUAAGGGGUGUUGAAUCAGAUUCUGAAGACACCAUCAAAGCAUCUGUGGUUGCUUUAGGAAAGCAUGGAUUUAUAAACUACUUUGGUUUACAACGAUUUGGAAGUGGUUCAGUGCCAACUCACCUUAUUGGCGCUACACUACUUAGAGGAGAGUGGAAAGCUGCAGUGAGCAUGAUUCUUGGUCCAAGAGAAGGGGAUAUCCUUUUAUUGUUUCUAUAUGCUGUGAAGAGAAUCCCUUUUUUAAAUCCUUCUAGGGAAUGGUCUGCUGCAUCUGGGUCUGAUGUAUCAUUAAAAUGAUGGGAUUAUGUUUCCUUAACUUAU